AUGGAGUCUUACCGCGGGUGCACCCACAGUGAUACCGGCUACCGCAGCCUGACAGUCGGCGAGGACACCGAGGAGAAUGGUGAGGAACUUACCGUGAGCUCGCUGAUGGCAAUGGGAGGAGAGGAUGAGGAGAAUGCAUACUCCGAACCUGCGUACGGAGCAGGAGCAGAAGCAGAAAACAUCCUUGGCACGGAAGGGUCCGUCCCCUCAGACGACCAAAAUGGUGAAGGUGGCUGCCGCCACCCACCGGAGCAACCUCAGGAGGAGCCGCCCCAAGCGGCCGCGGAGGGGCCACAGCCGGCGGAGGGGCCACAGGCCGCGGAGGGGCCACAGCUGGCGGAGGGGCCACAGCCCCCAGAGAGGAGACGCCGCCGCCGCACCACGUUCACCCCGUUUCAGCUGCAGGAGCUGGAGAACUUUUUCCAAGAAAUUCAAUACCCCGACGUUGCGGCGCGAGAGAUACUUGCAGGACGCCUGGAUUUGACUGAAGAUAGAGUGCAGGUUUGGUUUCAGAACAGAAGGGCCAAGUGGAGACGAAAUCAGAGGAUGCUAAUAUUGAGAAACAUGGCUGCUGCCGCCCUAGCCCCCCCUGUGGAGGUGAUCUGGGGUGCGCCCUAUGAUGCCGUUCCUGUUCUGGAUCCUGCUUGGUGUGUUCAUCUGGCACCACAACCACCUAGACCACCUGUGCCGCCUAUGCCACCCAUGGCACCUAUGCAAGCUGGGCUACCCAUGGCACCUAUGCAAGCUGGGCUACCCAUGGCACCUAUGCAAGCUGGGCCACCCAUGGCAGGUAUGCCAGCCGGGCCACCCAUGGUACCUAUGCCACCCGGAGCACCCAUGGCACCUAUGCCACCUGAGCCACCUAUGGUGCCUAUGCCACCCAGGGCACCCAUGCCUCACAUUGGCCUGGCUCCCAUAGGCAUCGCAUGGGCCCCUGUCAUCAAUGGUUAUUAUGUAGGUCCCUUUUUCUAAAGUAAGGUCUUCAUGACAGUUUUUCCAAAGUUCUUUCCUGCCAGAUAGAAAUUGUGCACAGCACAGCAUUAUUUUGUUAGAUAGUUGUUAAAUGAAUUGGAUAGAUGAACAAAGUUAAUGAAUGCACUGUUGUUUUUGUAGGCUGCAUGACCAUAGUAUUUUCAAUAAAGUUGUGA